AUGUAAUAAUUUUGUUUUCAAAUAUCUGAACAAAUACUUAUACCUUCUAUAGUUUUUCUUGCUCUUAUUACUCUAAUAUCUAUAAGGAAUCUUAUCUAAAUUUAUAACCUGAAGAAUUGGAACCCAAUUUAGGAAUUGUCACCCCUUUUGACCAUAUUCCAAGGAUUGUCACUUUAUUUAUUUAUAGUCAUAACCACAUUUGUGAUAGUUUAUGUUGAACAGAACAAUUUUCAAAUCCUUAAAAUUCUGAUGAUCUUUUAGAACUUUUUUAGGGGACUCUUUGUAUAUAUCACAGUAUUCAAAUCACUCAGAGUGGCACUUGCAUUUCAUCUGAAUAGUAAGUCCUCCUUCUUCUUAACCUUUUUAUGUACCAAACUAUUUAAAGAUUAGUUACGUAUUUUAUUUGUAGCACUCUUUAUGACUUCCGCAUUGUGGUCAGGAAUUUAUUACAUCGUAAAACUUUAUAAUAGUGAGAUAUCCCACACGGAGUAACAUUAUAUUAAUGAUCUCAUUCAGUACGAGGAGAUCAACAUAGUGGAAGCAAUUAAUAAUACAAUAGAAAUCACUUUAUUCAUGUUGAUCAUAUAUUGGAAUUCAAAAAUCCAUAUACCACAAUUUGAUACACUUCAAAGGUUUGUCAAUAAACCAAUUCUUAUCUAUGCUAUUUGGUUAUACGUUAAUACUUUUAUCAGUUAUUUUAUCAAUGAGAAAGAUUGCGAAAUUUACAGUGGAACUACUAGAUUUCCACUUUCGUUGAUCGUUAUGCUCAUCUCCUAAAUUUUGAGGAGCAUGGUGGAAUUCUAUUUCGUCAUCUAUGCUCCCAUAUAGUAAAGUACAUUAAUAAGAUUGCCAUUGAUCCCAUCUAUCAUUUUGGAUAAUUUUCAAUUAUAUAUGAGAAUCCCACUAUGUAGCACAAUAUUUUACAAAUACUUAGAACAACUAUCAGAGAGCACCAUUUUCAAUUCUCAGGAGAGAUCUAUGGAAUACUCAGAUGAUUUAUAGGUACUUUAGGUGUGGAUGGCUUAUCAGAUGAAAUUAGAAAACGGGAUUGGAGAUGAAGAUUUCGCACUAGUGUUGAGUUUGGAUAAAUAAUAAAAUGAAACUCAGUUUGAUAUUAAUUAUUAAUCAUAAAAUCAAGUUAGAUUAGAAAAGCAUUUGAUGUAACUCUUCAAAGAGUAUUAGAACACAUUCUCAUAUUAAAGAAUGAAGAAACUGUUCAAUUGUCUUGAUAAUGCAACGAAGAAUUUCUAUUAAAUGAAUAUAAUCUAAAAUUUUUUAAACUGA